UAAACUCUCCAGUUUGAACUGGGAGUUGGCAGUGUCUCCUGCAGGCUUUGCAUCCGUCUCAGUAGGGGUAAAGAAAAGGCUCCACCAGUCUCUGCACACUUGUCUUGCGAAGUGAUUUAAAGAUGCAGAGCUGCGCCAAGUCCUGGGGGAUCUUCUUAGCCAAGUCGGUGAAUCCCAGCGCACCGUGCAGGCAUCUGAGUGACAAGAGCCGCGUGGUUUGUAAACUUCGGUGCAGGGUCCCAAACAGCAGGGCAUGCCUCCCGACAGCAGCCCGGGGUCUGAGGACCUCUGCGGCCGUCUCCUCCAGGCAGAUCGAGAGACUCUUACCCAGGCAUGAUGACUUUGCAGAGAGGCAUAUUGGUCCAGGUGAGAGGGAGAAGAGAGAAAUGCUGGAUGCUCUGGGACUCGAGUCGAUCACCCAGUUGAUCGAAAACACAGUUCCAUCUUCCAUCCGUAUCAAGCGGACUAUGAAAAUGGAUGAUCCAAUCUGUGAGAAUGAGAUUCUGGACACUCUACAGAAGAUCGCUUCACAGAAUAAAGUAUGGAGGUCCUACAUCGGCAUGGGCUACUACAGCUGCUCCGUACCGCCGCCCAUCCAGAGGAAUCUCCUGGAGAAUUCAGGCUGGGUGACUCAGUACACACCCUACCAACCGGAAGUUGCCCAAGGUCGCCUGGAGUCGCUCCUCAACUACCAGACCAUGAUCUGUGACAUCACAGGCAUGCCCGUUGCCAACGCAUCCCUGUUGGACGAGGGAACGGCUGCAGCUGAGGCAAUGCAGCUGUGCCACAGACAGAACAAAAGAAGAACCUUCUACAUUGACCCACGCUGCCAUCCACAGACCAUUGCAGUGGUGCAGACCAGAGCCAACUACAUCGGGGUGAAAACCAUCCUGAAGCUGCCCCAUGAAAUGGACUUCAGUGGGAAGGAUAUUAGUGGUGUGCUCUUCCAGUAUCCAGACACUGAUGGCAGGGUGGAAGACUUCACAGAACUAGUGGACAGGGCGCACAAGGGAGGAGCUCUGGCAUGCUGUGCCACAGAUCUGUUGGCCCUCUGCGUCCUGCGCCCCCCCGGGGAGUUUGGUGUUGAUAUCGCACUUGGAAGCUCCCAGAGGUUUGGAGUUCCUCUCUGCUACGGGGGCCCCCACGCUGCCUUCUUCGCUGUUAAAGACAGCCUGAUCCGGAUGAUGCCCGGCAGAAUGGUUGGAGUCACUAGGGAUGCGGCUGGUAAAGAGGUGUACCGGCUUGCUUUGCAGACCAGAGAGCAGCACAUUCGCAGAGACAAAGCAACCAGCAACAUCUGCACUGCACAGGCUCUGCUGGCCAACAUGGCUGCGAUGUUCGCAGUGUAUCACGGUCCUCAGGGACUCAAACACAUUGCUGAGAGGACACACAACGCUGCUCUGAUCCUAGCUGAAGGUCUGAAGAGAGCGGGACACCGGCUGCACAGCGAAAUAUUCUUCGACACUCUAAAGAUUACCUGCAGUGUUGCAGCCAAAGACAUCUUUGAGAGAGCUGCGCAGAGGGAGAUAAACCUGAGAGUCUUCACUGAUGGAGUGGUGGGGGUCUCUCUGGAUGAGACGGUGACUGAGAAGGACUUGGACGACUUGCUCUGGGUCUUUGGCUGUGAAUCUUCAGCUGAGCUGAUUGCUGAGAAGAUGGGUGAGCGGGUGAAGGGGAUCUUGGGAAGUCCUUUCAAGAGAACGAGCAAGUAUCUGACGCACCAGGUCUUUAACAGUUAUCACUCCGAGACCAACAUUGUGAGAUACAUGAAGCGUCUGGAGAACAAGGACAUCUCCCUGGUGCACAGUAUGAUCCCACUGGGGUCCUGCACCAUGAAGCUCAACAGCUCUUCAGAGCUCAUGCCCAUCACCUGGAGGGAGUUUGCCAACCUCCACCCCUUCGUGCCUCUGGAUCAGGCUGAAGGCUAUCAGAAGCUCUUCAAACAGCUGGAGAGGGACCUCUGUGAGGUGACAGGAUACGACAACAUCUCCUUCCAGCCAAACAGUGGCGCUCAGGGUGAAUAUGCUGGCUUGGCUGCCAUAAAAGCCUACCUGAACUCAAAGGGGGAGCGUUCAAGAAGUGUGUGUCUGAUCCCCAAGUCCGCCCACGGCACCAACCCAGCGAGCGCUCAGAUGGCUGGCAUGAAGGUCCAGGUGGUGGAGGUGGACAGAGACGGAAACAUCGACAUGGCACACCUCACAGCUCUGGUGGAUAAACACAAGGCGAAUCUGGCCGCCAUGAUGAUCACCUACCCUUCCACCUUUGGUGUGUUUGAGGAGAAGAUCCGCGACGUAUGUGAUCUUAUUCACAAUAACGGAGGCCAGGUGUACCUGGAUGGUGCCAACAUGAACGCCCAGGUGGGCCUGUGUCGUCCUGGAGACUAUGGCUCUGACGUGUCUCAUCUUAACCUCCACAAGACCUUCUGCAUCCCUCAUGGUGGAGGAGGACCUGGCAUGGGGCCAAUUGGAGUGAAGUCCCACCUCGCCCCCUUCCUCCCGAGCCACCCGGUGGUUCCCAUGUACUCAACGAACAACGAGAGCUCGCUGGGCACCAUUAGCGCCGCGCCCUGGGGCUCCAGCGCCAUCCUGCCCAUCUCCUGGGCCUACAUCAAGAUGAUGGGAUCCAAAGGACUGGUUCAUGCUUCAGAGGUGGCCAUCCUCAACGCCAACUACAUGGCCAAGAGGCUGGAAGAACACUAUAAGAUCCUCUUCAGAGGCAGCAAAGGUUUUGUAGCCCAUGAGUUCAUUCUAGAUGUGAGGCCAUUCAAGAAGACGGCCAACAUUGAAGCUGUUGAUGUGGCCAAGAGGCUGCAAGAUUAUGGUUUCCAUGCGCCCACCAUGUCCUGGCCGGUGGCUGGGACCCUGAUGAUCGAGCCCACGGAGUCAGAGGACAAGGCUGAGAUGGACCGGUACUGUGACGCGCUGCUCGGUAUCCGACAGGAGAUCGCAGACAUCGAGGAGGGAAGGAUGGACUCCCGCAUCAACCCGCUCAAGAUGGCCCCUCACUCUCUGGCCUGCAUCUCAUCCUCCAACUGGGACAGACCCUACACCAGGGAGCACGCUGCCUUCCCCUUGCCCUUCAUUAGGCCAGAGACCAAAUUCUGGCCGAGCAUCUCCAGGAUUGACGAAAUCUACGGCGACCAGCACCUCGUAUGCACCUGCCCCCCCAUGGAGGCCUACGAGUCCCCGUACGAAGAGAAGAGAGCCUCUUCAUAGACGCUCCCAACGUCCGACUGGAGCUCUCACACCUCACAGACUUUAACACUGGAAGGUAUAACGGCUCAAAACAAUAGGCUGUAUAUUAAUAUAGUAUGUUCCAGGAAAUCAGGCAAAAACCAAUCAAAACUGUCAGGCUCUCAAUGGGACAAAAAACUGGAUGGUGCUGCUCUUGCUUGCUUCAAAGUUUGUACAUUUGAAUAUUUCAGUAUUUUCCUGGUCCUCUCUUUACAUUACUGCCCUAUAAAUUGAGGUUAAUUAACUAAAGCAGAGUAAAAAGUGUCCGCUCUAUAUCCCUUGUGGAUUUCACAAUGAAAAAGCAUACCGCUUAUCACAAAUAAGUGUUAAAGUCUGUGAGGUAGACGUUGGGAUCUGGCUUCUUUUCUGAUCUCAACCCUUUUACAGGGGUCACAGGGUUCCCCCCUACUCGAACUCUUCCAAUGGACCAAAGGUGCAACUUACGCUUUUCCGAGUCGCAAAAUAUGUGCACCCUUGGACACCAAGCCGCUCUGUAACACACUUCUGAAUUACUGUAUUGUAAGUUAAGUAGGCUACAGAUAAUUUCUAGACUCCUAUAUAUUCUAGACUAUAUAUAAGAAAUGCCCUUGGUGCCUCAAUUCUGUUUUGUAAAAUAGCUGCCUUGACUUUCCCUUUUUUCAAAUACUAUGGUUAAACAUAGGAGGUAGUUUAUUGUAGUCUUUUGUUAAUAUGCAUCUGUUGUAUGAAAAUGUUUUAUUGUGAUAUUUGUUGACCAAGUAGAUGGAUAGUGGUCAUUUUUAAUUGAAUAUUUUCUAAUCUAAAAUGUUUUGUCUGUAGAAAAAAAAGGUGUAAUAAACAUUUUUGUCUUUAACUGUU